GUCAACAGAAUUUUUCUGUAAUAUCAUAACAGCAACAUGAAAAAAAAAAGAUUAUUGUUGACUUGAAGCCUGACUGUGAAUUAUAGUUUCUUCAUUUUGUCAGAUGAACUUCCAAAGGCUACCUUUUUUACUUCUCACUUAGAGAAAAAUGAACAGGCGGAAUUGCUGGAUUUGUAAGAUGUGCAGAGAUGAAUCCAAGAGGCCCCCUUCAAACCUUACUUUGGAGGAAGCCUCGCAGUGGGCCCAGUCUUUUGAAAAGUUGAUGGCUACAAAAUAUGGUCUGGUGGUCUAUGCAGCAUACUUAAAAAUGGAGCACAGUGAUGAGAAUAUUAAAUUCUGGAUGGCUUGUGAAACUUACAAGAAAAUAGCCUCACAGCGGAGCAGAAUUUCUAGGGCAAAGAAGCUCUAUAAGAUUUACAUCCAGCCGCAGUCCCCUAGAGAGAUUAACAUUGACAGUUCAACAAGAGAAACUAUCAUCAGGAAUAUUCAAGAACCCACUGAAACGUGCUUUGAAGAGGCUCAGAAAAUAGUGUAUAUGCACAUGGAAAGGGAUUCCUAUCCUAGGUUUCUAAAGUCAGAAAUGUACCAGGAACUUCUGAAGACUAUUCAGCCCGACAAUUCCUGACCGCUACUCAACAGUCUAAGUUGAAAAUGGUGUAUUGAAAAUACUGGCUUUGUUCUUUUAAUUAAGAAGAACAAAAUAAGAAAUACAGUAGGAAUGAAAUAAAAUAAAUCAAAUAUAAAUUAAUUUCUAGUUCUUAAAGAAAAAUAGAUCCUGAAAUGAUUGACACAAUUUAUGACAUACCUAUGUAGCUCAGUUAAUAUGUAAGGAAAAGGAAAAUCUCUUUUUAUGACACCAAUAUUAAAAAGUUUUUACUGUAGUAGUCAACUAAUGGAUGUUUUCUCAUUAAUGAAAUUUUGCUUUCAUAACACACAGGUUAUUUCUUUAAAAAUUAUAGCUAUAUGAGUCAUGUCUCUAGCAUGAAUGUAGUCUACAGAUAACUUGUAAAAGCUUUAAUUGACAAAGUACUCAAAAGUACAAUCAACUUGUAUUAUAUCAUUAGCAAUAUAAAAAGAUGUGUUCUUGGGAAAUAUUUUAUCUGUAAAUGGUUCCUACUGUUAUCAUAACUGAACUUCUGCAUUACAUAUAUCUUCUAAAUGUGAAAAAUUUCUGAAGAUUCUAAGCUAUUAAAAAUGUAUGGAUGUCUCCAUUUAUCCUUAUACUCCCUUAAGGGUAGGAAAUUUCAUUCUUAUAAUUUGAGAUUCUUUUCCUCACAAUGUAAAUUCAUCAUUGUCCUGAUAGCGAAUAAAUCCACAUAUAAAUUAACUUAUAAACAUAUACUUUUUUCAAGCACACAUAGUUAUUUUCCAGCAGAAGAAUUUUUUUUUACCCGUCUUGGCAUAGUGGCUUCUUAGAAUUUGCCAGAAGAUACUCAUGUCUCUUUCACUUACUUUGUCCCUCACAUAGCAUAGGAUAAAUGUUCCACACAAAUGGACAAAUAUUCUAUUUUUUUGAUGAAGAAUAAAAUACCUAAAAUAUUUAAUAUCACUUUUCCAAAGAAUUAACUGUAGGAAAAUUUUGUGCAAGAUUUUUAGUUUUAGCACAGCAUGGAGCACAUAGUUAGUGGUUCUUUAACAUCCUUCUGUGUGGACAGUAACUUCAGAUAGUUGGGGUGAGGAUUUAAUAAUGUGUCUAGCUGUUAAAUCACUGUGUUGUAUACUUGAAACAAAUAUAGUAUUGUGUAUCAACUAUACUUCAAUUAAAAAAAAGAAAAAAAGA